UCCCCUGUAUCCGCCAUCUUAGAUAGCCUCCAUGUAAGUCUAUUUGCUGAGUCAGCGUACAUUUUGUAGAACGGUGAUCGCUGAAAGUGUUUUAUCUGUUUGAUCAGCGGUUAUGCUUACUUACGGCUGUUCAUGAGAUAUAGAAAAAUUUCAGGGACGUUCAGAGAUUCGCGACCCGUGCGGCCCUCCAGUGCAUCGAACACUCCGCUUAAGACUAUAUAGUCGGAAAUAGAUCGAAACGGCCAACCUUUCAUGGCUUCAAACAACAAUGAAAAAAUUUCUUCCAAGGGUUUUAUUUUUGGCUGUCGCAAUGUUCUCUGUGACCAGUCUUGGAGUAAGCGGCCUACAAUGUGAGAAUGGCUUCGUGGUGGCGAACAGGAAAAGACGGAAGGGAGAUGAAAUGACCAUGAUACAAGUUUGCUGCCAAGAUAUAACUUGUGGUCCAGGAGAGGAGGCAGUGGCCUGUGAGGAGGGCGACCCGUAUUCCUCAGCAUGUGACCCAUGUGAGACGGGCACAAGGCAAGAGACCACGACUACACUGGCAACGGGCGGUGGGAGCUGCACCCCGAACGUUGACUGCAACAAGCUCUUCAGAGUCACCAAAUUCGCAGGAAACUCGACUUCAAACUCUGAGUGUGGCGACUGCUUUCCCGGCUAUAAAAAUUCCAACAACCAGCUGAUAACAAAGGAGUGUUUGGUAAAUAAUUGUCCGCCAGGACAGGAACCGGAACGAGAUGGUUGCCGAUGGUGCAGUGUGGGCUAUUUUUCAGACAAAGAGGACAAUAAACCGUGCAAAAAAAGAUCAAUCUGCGAAUGCAUGUUGAUGGAGGGCAAUGAAACGAUGGAUAACAAAUGCAGUCAAGAUGUUUCUCUAUGCAGUACUAGUGCUGAUGCUGUCACAGUAGAUGCAUCCACACAAUCAUCUCCUGUAAAAGUGAAUGAGGGAGUGACUGUAGGGCUAAGUGUUGUAGGUGGUGUUGUAUUAAUAGUAAUCAUUGGUGUGGUUUUGUAUGUGGUCAUCAAGCGACGUGACAUAUGUGCACGGAUGGGGAGGAAUCCCGAUGCUACCUCUACAGUUGGAUCCAACAACCACAGAGAUAUUGAAAAUGGCAGACAAUCAGAUGAUGUUGGGCCCACCUCAGGUCAACCUGCACCAUCAGAUGAUGUUGGGCCCACCUCAGGUCAACCUGCACCAUCAGAGAAUCCAGCGGUCAACUCCUCUGACUCAUUGACCAGCAAUAGUAACAUUGUCAGUGACCAAGCACCAGUUCAAGUGAGUGAGCAGUCUCACGAUCCUCACCCCAGCAUGACCCGUGGCCAAUCCAAGCAGGACGGGUACGAGUCCCAGCCAUCCUUAGCCGACAAUGUGGACCUGGAUUCGCAGACUACACACAAACAUCUUGUCAGUAACAACAGUGAACCAGCUUCUACCACAAGAACAGAGGUUAUUCUGCGAAAUGGAAGCAUGCAUGCAGUUAACGAAAACACCAGGCGGAAUCUAGAGAAUCGAUACGAAACCACUUGUGUAGGGGAACAACCUUCCAGCACCAACAGUGAACCAGUGCCCACUGCGAGAACAGAGAAUGUUGAACCAAAUGGAAACAUGCUAAAUAACAAGGACACCAGUGUUGUUAGAGAUGGACAGAAUUCAGAGAAUCCACAGAAUGGUUACAGGACCUCUACAGGAGGGGGCCCGCAGCCAGAGAAUGAAGAUACCAGUGUAGCUUUGAAGAGCUGGAAAGUGAAUAGUGGAGACAAUUACGAGGAAUAAUAACUGCAUAAUAACUGUUCAUUUUGGCCAAAAAUGGAUUUUCCUGAUUUGUGAGUUGGAGAAAAUUGCUUAUUUUUUGAGGAUGAUUUGAUUUGGUAGGAGAAUCUUGGAUAGGAUGCUUUUAAAGAUGAUAAAAUUUCUAAUAUAUCUGUGUUGGCAAAGUAAUUUUCCCUAAGGGAUUGUUAUUUUUUGGCCAGCAUAAUCCUUUUAAAGGAACUUUUGCAUGUGGAUAAAAAAAUAACAUAUCAGCUUUAUUAUUAUUAUUAUUUUUAUUACAAAAUUGUAAGGUGGCAUUUGUAGCUUGCCGCAUAAAAAGAUGAAAAAAUAUCAAAUCAGAUAUUUCAAUUCACGUUGACCCAAUUUAAUUGUGUUCCACCGAUAGCACAUCAAUGCAAUGAAGCAAAUUGAUCUGAUAAACCCAAAGUGACAAAGUUAUUAAUAAGCUAUAAGAACAAAAAUCUAAUUCAUUUUACACCCUGAAAAUUAUCCUGGAUAUUUCAAGUUAUUUGUAUGAUAGUGACAUUUUUAAACCUCAUUGUAAAGUUGAUGAUAAUAGUGUAUAACAUAUAGAGCGAAAGCAGUAUUUGAUAUGUUACUAAUAGAGCUUAGUAAUAUAAUUUGUGAACAUUACAUGCAAUACGGUCUUAAACCUGGAUGACAACUAAGACUCGAUACCCAUUGAGUCCUAGAUGACAACAAGGGAAAAUAUUUCUUCCUUACAGCUAUGACACGUUCUUGAAUUUGUUUCAUUUAUUGUACCACCAGCUUUGUCGCUGGCAGUACACAUGGUAUUAUUUCCAACCUGUCUCAUCCACUGUAUCUGCCGGCUCCGCCACCAUCUCACUAUUGCUGCUUCUUCUAGACUACAAGAGCCUGCGUACCCAUCUCUUGGAUUUAAUUCCAAAAUUUGCAAAAUUAAAUCCGAAAGAUCUCCCAAACUGAAGGAAUUAUUGGAAAAAUUUGUGUUGAUGUCUGAUCAAAAGUCAUGUGUGGAGAUUUCAAAUAUGCCCUUGGAUUUGACCCUUGACCUUCAAUUCAAGGUCAAACAGGCCAAAAAAUUUUAAU